UUUACGGGUUGCCAUUAGACUAUCACUUUGAGACAUCAACGAUCACGAUAAUGAGUAAUCCUGUGUUCUCUUCGCUUUUUCGCCGCUGUAAAUCUCUUUUGAACCCCCAAGCCUUGUCUGAUGUUCGACGCUUGUCGCUGGGAUCGUUCAGAUUCACAGAUGCGGUCAAUCCGGAGAACCAGGUCUCUGAGCAAAAAGAACGAAAUGAAGAAGUUGGUCAAUACACAGAGUUAGUAAGAGACUUUUUAAACCCCAAAGACUUCUACAAUGCCUUGUGUAGCCAUGGCAUGGACUAUUUUUGUGGUGUUCCAGACUCUUUACUGAAGGAUUUUUGUGCAUAUGUAACAUCAGUGACGCCUAAGUCACGACAUGUUAUAACAGCCAAUGAAGGACAAGCUAUUGCUCUUGCUGCUGGAUAUCAUAUGGCCACAGGGAGAGCUGGAGUUGUGUAUCUCCAGAACUCUGGAUUGGGUAAUAUUGUUAAUCCUCUGAUGUCAUUGGCUGUGCCAAGUGUGUACAGCAUACCCAUGUUACUCUUAGUUGGAUGGAGAGGAGAGCCUGGAAAGAGAGAUGAACCACAGCACAUGAUACAGGGGCAGGCCACACCUGGAAUACUUGCAUCAUGUGGAAUUCCUUUUCAAGUAUUGCCCGAUUACCAAGAAGGAGCUGAACAGGCCUUGUAUGUGGCUAGAAAACAUAUGGAAACAUCAAAAGGACCAUACUGUCUGCUGGUGAGAAGACAGAACUUCUUGCCAUUCAAACUGGAAAAAGAACCUGAAAUCUUUCCAUUGAAUAGAGAGGGAGCCUUAAAAUCUGUUGUUGAUUCUCUUAAAGACCGUGAUGUGGUUGUAGGCACAACUGGAAUGUUGUCACGUGAACUAUUUGAAUACCGUGUGGCCAAAGGCCACGGUCAUGAAAAGGAUUUCUUGACAGUUGGUUCCAUGGGUCAUGCCUCAGCCAUUGCUCUUGGUAUUGCUCAAUUUAGACCAAAACGACAGAUUUUUUGUUUGGAUGGUGACGGAGCUGUUCUUAUGCACAUGGGUGCUAUGGCUACCAUUGGACAAUCUGAAGUAGCCAACUUUAAACACAUCCUGAUCAACAAUGGCUGCCAUGACUCUGUUGGAGGCCAGCCAACCAGUGGCUUAAGUGACUCCUUUGAUUUCCUAAAGAUUGCCCAGGCUUGUGGGUAUAAAACGGUAAUGAGAGCAACUCAACCAGAAGAAGUAGCUGAAGCUGUCACACGCAUGAGAUCUCUUGAAGGCCCAGUGCUCCUAGAAAUAAGAACAAACAAAGGAGGACGAAAGGAUCUGGGGCGGCCAACAAGAACACCAAUUCAGAACAAGAAAGACUUCAUGCAUUUCUUGGCUAUCGAUCAUUAAUUUACCCACAAUUUCAACAAUUUUAUUUAAAGGGGGGCUGUCCUAGGAGGAGGGUUAAAUAACUAACAUUGCUCACUUUUCUGUCUGAGUUCUGAAAGGCAGACAAAGCUUGAGGCCUUGUGUUUUUUAUUGCUCUGUUGUCUCACUUGUGUCAAGUUUCUAAAAAACCAGAAGCCAUGAUGGCUGAAGGUUGACUGAAGUGAGCUUAGAUGCUCGAUCUAGUCCUUGUGGGAAUGGUGAUUGUGAUAAUUACUCCUAUUUUCACACAAGUAAGUCGUCGGUGGGUUUUCAGUGAACAAACUAAAAAGAUUCUGGUGGUGAAUGUGUCUUAUUUUCUGGGAAGAGGGUCUCUGACCAUUUGACAUUGGUGAGCAGCUCACUGAAAUUAUGUGGUUCUCAAAGUAACCAUACCUCCAUAUUUUCUCGAAAGGAAACCCAAGGGGGGGAGGCAAGGUUAAAAACUGGGGAAGAGGAAAAUUUGAAAUUCUAUAUGCAGGGCAAUCAGUAAAACAUACAGUGGGGGAAGGUCAUGGCUUUUAGGAAAAAUUUAGUUGUUUACCAAGGAAUAGGCAGGUUUAUCAGUCUUAAAAUAUAAUUAA